AAAGGCGAGGGUUCCCCGUAUGGGGCCGUGUCUGCGACGCGGCGGGGCCCCCAAGUCCUGAGGCCGGGAGGGGAGGCGCCGACUCCCGAACGCCGCCCGCCGCCAUUUUGCACCCGAAGGGAGCAGCGGUCAGAGCUGACUAAGAAGUAUUCAGAAACGAAGUCAUGGACCCACCUGCACGCAAAGAAAAAUCCAAAGUGAAAGAACCUGUCAGCAGAGUUGAGAAGGCCAAGCAGAAAUCAGCCCAGCAGGAGCUGAAGCAAAGACAAAGGGCAGAGAUCUAUGCCCUCAACAGAGUCAUGACGGAACUGGAGCAGCAGCAGUUUGACGAGUUCUGUAAACAGAUGCAGCCUCCUGGUGAGUGAGCCGCCAGCGUUCAGUGGAGCUGGGGCCCUGGAGGCUUUGUGUGUGACCUACCAGUUUUAAGCUGAGAUGGCCCAUUUGGAGCCUUACAAAACUAGACAAGAAGACACUUGUGUUAUUCCUAAAACUGGACAAAUCUGAACUUCCUAUAUGUAACUUCUGCUUCACUGGUUCCUCCAAUCUGAAUUGGCCCAGUGUUUGCUGAAGAGACUUGUUUUAUUCUUUUAAGACAGUGUUGUUGUUUUUUAACCUUUUUCUAUUGUUUGAGAAAAAAAAUCAGUGUUUCUUG